AAGUUGAUUUAUGGUGUCAAUUAAUUAUUGUUUGCCCUUGGAAGAUUUCAUACCUUAAAGAGCUAAACCUCUCAUCAAUAAAUUGAGCAUCUCCGGCCCUUUUCUCUGAAUCACAACACAAAAGAGAUAAGAAAAUUUUUUCACAAAACAAAAUAUGGAGAACCAAUCACCUGUGUCUUCAACAAACUCCUCCUCCCCACCCAAACAUGAUCAGAAACUCAAAAGUGUUGUUGUGUCCGACGAGGAGGAGGUGACGAUGAAACCAAAGUCUCCCCAAGAGGUUGUGUCUGAACGGACUAUCCUUGAGAGGCCUCAUUUCAUUUUAGAGACUGUGCGAACAGUAAGUGAUAACGAAACCCACCUCUGUGAUGUUUGCAGGAGGGAGUUCCCAAGCCAGAGGUCACUUGCCGAUCACCAGAAAUUCCACAUAACGGAGCAAGAAUUGAAGAGGCAGCGGAUAUUUUUCGGGCCUUUCGACAGCUAUGAAGGGUUGUCAUUUUCGCGUUUUAUGUAUGGAGGAGGCGAUAGCAGCAGCAGCAGCAGGCCUUAUGCUCUAGACCGAGUCAAACAAAUGGAGACAACCAUGUUUCCUCCUCAUGCUCUAGACCGCUCCCUCACCGGGAACCCUAGCUAUAGCACUUCACAUGCUUUAUCAAAUGAUGAGGACCAUAUUAAUCUUGAUCUCACUCUUGGUCCAUCUAAGCCCAUAGGAGGCAGCAGCAAUAGCAUUAAAACCAACACUAACUCAUUCUUAGACAUGGAAGCCACUAGGAGAACAACGAAUCUGUUCGGUCCCGUUUGUCCUCGUGUGCCUCCAUUCAAUUUAGUUGCUGAAAACCCGUUUGAUUCAUUUCCAGAAAGAUAUGUUCCUCUUUUGUCUUUGCAAGGGAAUGGAAUGGGCUCUAGUCACCCGGAAAGACUCUUCUCAACGGGAGUGGAUUCCAAAGCCAUAGUGCCUCCUUUUGCUCCUCCUUAUCCAACUUCCACCAAUCUUUGUCAUGAUUUGUUUUCUUUGCAAGAGAGUGGAAUGGGCUCAUCAAGUCACUCGAGACUUCUCCCCUCAAUGGAAAUGAACAAAGUCAAGGUGCCUCCUAAUCCAACGUCCACAAAUCUUUGUAAUGAUUUGUUUCCUUUACAAGAGAAUGGUUUAGGCUCUGGUCAAUCAAAAAGUCUCAUCUCAAAGGGAAAAAACAAAGUCAUGGUGCCUGAUGAUGAUGAUGAUGAUGAUGAUGAUGAUGAUGAUGAUGAUGAUGAGGUUAAAAUUAUCGAGCUAAGGUGGCUGACCAAGAAAAAAAGAUCAAGACAAGCUUAGUCUUAAUUUAUUCAUGUCCCUUUGAGUUUUCAGUUUGCUAUCGAUCGAGGCUUCUGUUUCACCUCUUUUGUUUCGUCAUGCAAUUUUUUUUUCUCUCUUUGUUUCUUCAUUGUCUUUCUUAAGUGUUCUCUUUGGGUUUAGUUGAUGUA